CGCCUUCUCGGGUAGCGCCACGUGUCCCUCUGUGGGUUCUUUUUAGAGAUCAGAAAAACAAAUAAAUCACGUUCCACUGUGAUACGAAGCUACCUACGUUAACGUUAACAUUAACAUUAACAACAACGAUGGUUGAAGUCGAAGAGAUAGAGCUGGAUUUGGCGUUGUCCAUAGGGGGCAGUUUCGGGAAAUACACGGUGGAGAAGCCCGCACCGGAUUCCGAAGCGCGUGUUUCAAAUUCGGAUAGUCGCGAUGGAAUGCGCGUGGUGAUGGAGCCGCGCGAGAAGCGCGAGAUUCAGGCGUUUCGGAGAAUGGAGGCGAGGAAGAAGAGGGAGCGCGUGAGGGAACCGUCCGAGCCCGAAUCGCAAUUACGGGAUUUUAAGAGGGAGAAAACGGAAUGCGGUAACGGCGUUAGUGGCUCGUGGACAGCGGCGACGACGACGCCGUAUCGCAUGCACCAGUUCGCGACGGUGCAGUACUUGCCGUUGAAUAACGGCUUUCCGUUACCGUGCUGGGUCGGAGGGGAAAAGAAUGUGGGUGGAGUAGACGGCGUUGACGGCAUUAACGGUGGAGGAGAUAGGAAAGCCAAGUCUAAUGGGUCUUCCAGGUGUAGUUCUUCUGUGGUUUCGGAUUAUCAAAGCUCUUCUCGUGAAGAAGGAGGUAGCACAGACAGUCACAGCCAUUCAGUUCAUUCCUUGGCAGAACCGGCCCAAUUGAACACUUCCAAGGAAAUAAGCAUCGAAACGUCCCAACCUGAAGAAAGUGCUUCCGCUUCAUCUCACCCUAUAAGACCCAAACAAGGCAACACCACCAUCCAAGAGAUAAAAAAGCACAUUGCAAAGGAAACGCGACCAAAACCAAACCCCAAUUCACCCGAGCCAAUUGAAAACAAACCUUUGUCUAACGAAAACUUAACCAAAGUUGAAAUAAUGGGAAAGCCUCCAAAGCCUCUCUCUCACACCUCUUAUUCGCUCCCUCCAAUGCCCUAUGUGUCUACAAAAGGGGACAAUGGGAGAACGGUUAAUGGGUUUCUCUACAGAUACACAAAAUCUGAGGUCAGCAUUAUUUGUGUUUGCCAUGGAAGCACAUUUUCACCUGCAGAGUUUGUGCAGCAUGCAGGGGGCACAGACACCACGCACCCUCUAAGGCAAAUCACAGUUAUUCCUUCUGUCUUUGGGUGAUCAUCCCCUUUUUUGUGUUAAUUAGGCCUUUUCUCACUUAGCGUGUUUGGAAAUAGUUGAGACGUGAACACGUCUAGACGUAAGGACGUAAGAAAUCACGCAUGGGAUGUGGAAAUUAUAAUUAUUAGCUGAAACCUAGCACUCUAUCAGAUAGAGAAGCAGAAGAAUUUGAUUCAAGUGUCUAUGUUAUGUUGUCUUUAGGCAGGGUAUAUAUUUUGGUUACAGGAACAGGAGCUUUUUGUUGACUAAGCUAACUGCAUUAACUAACAAUUACUCUAAUUGAUGUUUUCUUGUUUUGGAGUA